UUGGUGGUCUCGUUUAUGCCGUGCCUUUUUGUUCCCGCCGUGGCGACUAUGAAUUUGCGAAUGGGUUCAUUGUCGGCCGCAUAAAUGGACUUGGCUGAUGAAAGGUUGCUCAUAAAUAUAUGAUCGUUGUCAGUUGUGAUGCGAGAUUGCCUCCCAGUGUAAACGACUUCGUUUUUGUAACAUAUUUUAAGUGGCAGUUUGUGUACUCGCGUCUGACGGUCGAUAGUUCAUCUCAGGACGGCGCAUGAUUGUACCUGUUGCCUGCUUGCCUACCGUCUAAAGAGAUGAUACUUCUUGGAUGCUAUUACAAUUGCGAAUUGUAUUUAUUUGUUACGCCAUGCCGGUUAAGGUUUCCAUUCAGUGACGCCAGUGAGGUGUUUUAAAUGAUGAUCAUAAUGAUCACCUAAUACCUUCAGGUUUGCUGUUUUCGGGACGUAUUUGCAAGAGGCAAAAUGCAUCAGAGAGCGUUCCUGGGAGGCGGCUGGGCCAGAGGUGGAACGUCGGAAGUUGUGAGAAGAGCACAUCCUGCGUCCGGAGCACAAUGGAACGUUCAAGUUGUUAGAGGAAAAGUUAAUGGUAAAUGCCUUUGGAACGCUUGCAAAGCUUUAAGUUUGGGACUGUUAUUGAUGGUGUUAGGAGCGGCGAUGGCAACUAUAGGAUAUUACGCGGACGAUUUGUCCAUCGCACAAGAAAUACGAGGAAAUCACACAGUCAAAGUCAAGAACGAAUCACGUGGCUUCCAUUUAAAUAAUUUAUCUUAUGCUGGUCCUAUAGUUAUGGGAGUGGGAGGAUUCAUUGUUGUGGCUGCAUGUGUGAUGACUUUCGAAGCAAGAGACUCAGCCGCAAAAGUAGUACCAGCAAGAUUUAAAAUGAGUACAAUUGCUCCAGUACCUGAUGCUUGUGGCCGUGGGUCUCAACACGCACACACUGGCCAUGGAUCGUUGCGAACGUCUGGAUCGCAGACCGGAACAACGCCACAUGUCCAUCAACAUCAACACCAACACCAACACAGCCAUUGUAACAGACCGAUUGAUAGGCGAGCACUCACCCAAUCGUUUAUGCACUUCUCAAGGGGCCUAACAUUAAACCAACACAAUAAAAAUUGUCUGAAAUUUCAGAGUUCUAUCAAUCGAAGUCCUUCAGCUCCAGAUUUAGUUAUGGAACAUGGUCCCAAUGACCAGUCACCGACAUCUAGCAGGCAAGCCAUAAACAAGGCCUGCAAAGCAAGCAGGAGGACCUUUGCUGCGUGUGCUCUUCUAAAUCCAGGACUGUUGCACCGUCAUGCCGUGUCUGUAGAUGAAGCAUCAGCUAAUUAUAGACUAAGCCACGAAUCUCUGCACGGCACCGGCAGUCAGGGCUCAAUGGCGAUGGACUUGCACUUGGAGUGUCCCGUAACGCUAAGGAUUAGAGACAGGAGACGCAACCCAUUAAAAAGACAACGAAAAGUGGAAGAAGAUGAAAAACUGGCGGCAGACGAUUCCAGAAGGAAUUCCCAAUCGUGUUCUCCGAGAAUUAAUUCUCAUCACUUCAUUGACGGAGACGCAGGAGGUGGAUCUGCACAUCAACUCCCAACUCAGCCGUUCUUCACGCCGUCAUCGAAAAGACGAAGUUCCAACGCGUCUGAUUGUACACAUCGAUCCAGGCCAAGACGAAAAGAUUGCAUCCAUUCCAGAGGUCGAUUGGAACGAGCAAUCAGUUCGGAUUCUAGACUGAUCGGGGAGAGGUGUCACCAUCAAUCCACCCACCAGCAUUCCAUAGAACAGGAACCGGGUGCAUGUGGUUCCAGUUCGGAUACUGAUAUCAGGAAAUCGCAUGCUGUUGUUCAUUUUAGCCCGACAGCGACUAUUCGUUGCAAAGAUUAGAAAGACAACCUUUCGUACGACUAACUGAAAUUUAAUUAAAUAAUUGUAAUUUUUCAUAAAAGGGCUAUCUAAUAAUCAUGAGCAAAAUUCUUAGAAUUUUUUGAAUUACAAGUUUGAUCAAUGAUCAGAAAACGUUUGAUCCUACUGAAUUUUGAGAGAGAAAACAUGCAUGACGGAGAGAGUAAAAGUCUCCCACUACGGAGUAAAUUUGCAGGCUUUUACUGUCUCUGUGGUGCAUGAAGUCUCUCUCAAAAUUUAGUCUAUUCAAACGCUUUCUGAUUGGUAGAGCAGGUUGAAUCCAGAAUAUAUAUAAAAGAGGUUGUUUCAGGAUCUAAAAUGACCAGCAUGAGUAUUUAAUUUAAAAUCAUCAACAAUUACUGCCUAUUAUUGAAGAUACUACAAGAAAAAUAUCGAAUGAGAACUUUGAUUAAAUUAAAAUUAAAUUUUAGUAAAUAAUACAGGGUGUAUUUAUCUUUUUAGACUUUUUUACAUUACAUUACAACCUUCCAAAUAAUUUUUAUUUACAAAUAAACAAAAAGAAAAAUCAGUAUUUAUUAAUUAUAAAGGGUGUUUCAGCUGAAAUGGUCGUUACUGGGACAGGAAAAAAAUAGGUUCAUAUUUCUGGACCCAAAUAAAGCCUUACAAAGUCUUAAAUUAAAACAAAUAUUAAUAUAUUAAAUAACUAAAAAUUUAUUUUAAAAUCUUGCAUCUUGAAGAAGCAUUUAAGGAUAUAGGGACAGUACUCCGUAAAAGUUUAAGAAUAUGGAUUAAAAUUAUUAUUAGCAUUAGAAUAUAAACUUUUAUGCAGUACUGUAUGUGAUAUGAGGGUACCCAAAAAUCGGUUCCUUAAAUGUGGGGCUCAUCAAAUUUAUGUAUUAGUAUCCAAUAUAGCAUUGACCAUUUCUCAGAUAAAUUUAAUUCUGAAUACCCUGCAGAUUAGAGGAAAAAUUCCAAUAAUAUUUUAAGUUUAAAAAUAUGAUAGCUACUUAUUAAACAUAAUCAGAAAAAGAUUUUUUAAACUUUUCGUAUUCAUUAGGUGCACCAAAUUUAAAAAAUAUCUAAUAGUUAUUAUUAAGAGAGGGAAGGAUAAAAAGAAAAAAUAUUUUCUUCCUCUUUAUUAAUGCUAAAGUUUUGUAGUAUUAAUUUUCAAAACUAUCAGUUUUAAACUGACAGUAGAAGUGUCUCUCUGUACCAUAAAAAUCUUUAAUCAAUUUUUAAAAUCAUAUCAUUUUUCAAAUGGUUUCUGACGUUAUUUUCAUUUAUUAGAGAAAUCAUAAAAAAUCAAAAUUUAUCUUUUGAUAAAUGUAUAAAAUUUAAUUAAUAUUUAUUAGGAUAUGUCUUUAAUUAUUAUUUUUGUAAAGUUUACAAAAUUUACAUUUUUAUAUGAAAUUUUUUGGUAGUAAAGAUGUACGUUCUAUAUGGAAUUUGCUACAUAAUAAUGUUUAAAAACUCCCCCAUCAAACCAGUAAGGAAAAAACUUUUGGAGAGUAUAACAACUUAAUUUAAAACAUUUAGUAAUAUUUUACAAUUUGUCAAUUCACCUUAUAAUUUUACUUUAUAGUAACAUUUACUCUACUCUAAAAAUGAAUGAGUCGGUCCAUUAGUUCUCUUAAGUUAUAGUUGUUACAGAGUUUGCUAUUUUUUUUAAUUUCUAAACACACUGUUAUCUUUAUAAAAUUGUAAAAUAUACAAUUUUAAAAAAGUACUUACAGUACGAAAAGAGUUUGAUCUAUCUGAAUUCUGAAAGAGACAUCACGUACAAUAGUGACAGUAAGUCUCCCACUAUGGGACAGACUUCUAUUGUCUCUCUAAGAUCAGACGGGUCAAACCCUUUUCCUACUGUAUAUUUUAAUAGUAUCAUUAUGGAUGAAACCAAAACAGAUUAAAGACAAUAAUCUAUUUAAUUUUUUUUUAGUCGAAUAUGGUGGGCGUACUCAUGCGUGAGUAUUAAAAAUUAUACACUUGUGCAAGUAUGCUAUAUUAAUAUCAACAAAUAAAAUUAUUUUUUUAUUUUUUAAUUAAAGAAUUAAAAAAUAAUAAUUAAAUAUUAAUAAAGCAAAAGCUUGCAUAAAUAUUUACAUACGAAAUUUGGAUAUUUCUAAAACGAUGAAGCACUCUUUCUAAUCAAAGUAGAUCUUAUUUAAUUUAUUAGAACGUGUAUGAGAUAAUAAUAUACAAAAUAUCAUAUAAAAGUAUGUUUUUAUACACACGUGAAUGUUAUUGUAGUGGUUAUAGCCAAAGACUUAAAUUAAGCAAUCACUCUAGGAUUAGUACAGGACUGUUUAAGAAAGCCAAAAUAAAUGUGAUGUACCUAUGUUAAAUUAUUUAUAUAGAAUUAUAUUUAUAUGUUAGUGUGUAGUGGUGAAAAUGUAAUUGUAAUUGUUAAUAAUAAAAGUCCACUGUUUUUAA